GUGAUAGUUGAGCUCACCGUCCAGUCAAUCACGGAAAUCAGUGAAUUUUCAAGCAGUUUCAAAGCUGAUGUAUGGUUUUCACAAAUAUGGCGAGAUCCACGGCUUGAUUUCACCGAUAGAAACUACUGUAUAAAGAACAUUUCGUUAGCUGCUCACAAAUUACCACAAUUAUGGUCACCAAAUGUAGAAAUUCAUGCGUCCCCCUCUCAAAAUAUCCUUUUACUGGUGUUUCCGAAUGGAACCGUAUGGCUGAACUUUCGUGUUUCACUUAUUGGACCGUGUAAACUCGACCUCACAUAUUUUCCAAUGGACCGACAGUCUUGUAAUUUGGUCUUCGAGAGUUAUUCAUACAACACAGCUGAAGUGCGCAUUGUGUGGAGGGAUUGGGAACCAGUUUCCAUACCUGAUCCGAAUUCAAAAAAUCUACCUGAUUUCGAGCUGGUUCAGUUCAUGUAA